AAUGUCAACAAAAUGACGAUUUUUAGUGUCUAUAUUAUUAACAAAGCUGGAGGCUUAAUUUAUCAAUAUGACCACAGUACACCACGUCCAGAAGUAGAAAAAACAUUUAGCUUUCCACUGGAGUUGACAAAUAAAGUUUUUGUUGAGAAUAUAGUUGUGGCAUUUGGUGAAAGAGAUGGUAUAAAAGUUGGCCAUACACUUCUCUCUGUAAAUAUAAUUCCAGCCGAGGGAAAUCUCCAAGAUGGGCGUGAUAUACUUGAAGUUCUUUCUGCGGAUGAAAACUUUCCAAUCAAUAUAAAAUUUGGUAGACCCAAGUUAACAACCAAUGAGAGAAUUAUGUUAGCCAGCAUGUUUCAUUGACUAUUUGCAAUUGGAUCCCAGCUUUCUCCAGAGCAAAUGUCAUCUGGUAUAGAAACUUUGGAAACAGAUACAUUUAAACUCCAUUGUAUGCAGACUAUGACAGGAUUAAAAUUUAUUGUGAUAGCUGACCCACGUCAGGCAGCAGUAGACAUACUGUUGAAAAAAUUGUACGAAGUGUAUGCAGACUUUGCCCUGAAGAAUCCAUUCUACUCAUUAGAUAUACCAAUAAGGUGUGACUUGUUUGAUACUAAUCUUCAGUCGUCUAUAGAACAGGCAGAAAGACUGGGAAUCAGUAAUGUGUGAAUGGUGUAACUUUACGAGUACUAGUUAUAAUCCCUGACACAUCAUAAGAAAAGUGUGUAAAAGUCGUGAUUUUAGAGAACAGUGGACUAAUUAUUUAUAAUUAAUACAUACUUUUGUUUGGAAAUUUAUUUUAUAUGAAGUUGUGAUUGUCUUUGAAAAUUGUAGCUUAACUGCAGAAGUGAAAGGUUAGAAAAAUACGAGUGUUACUGAAGCAGAUGAGAGAUGAAACGAGCAUUGCAGGACAAAUUAAGAAAGAAAAUUAUGAAGAAAAAAGAAAUAGUUUAAGUUAAACUGUAAUGCACUUGUAAACAUUGCUUGAAUGUCAGUGCAGGUCAUUUGAGUAGAGCAUACAAUAUUAUUUUACCUUCAGCCCCAAUAUGGGUAAUAGUUUAUGAAUUUAUUAUCAUUAUUGUGUAAAAAAUGGUUGAAUACAAUGUACAUGUAAUGUUUUGGCCAUCAAGGACAGUGAUUCAAGAGAAUUCUUUAU